GUAACGUCUACAAUAAAAUAAAAAUCCGGCUAUCCACUUUUUUUGAUUUUGACUUCAGGAUGGAUUCAGCAUACAUGGGCAUAGAUCUUUGGAUAAGAUGUUUAGGUAACGACUCUUUGCUGCAGCCUCUGUGGGACAACCUGCGGAUCAAUUACAGAGACUAUUUGAGAUCUCCACUCUUCCCUAUUGUUCUGACUGUGUCUUCAUAUUUUGUCUUCUGCCUUCCUUUCCUUUUUUGUGACAUAAUGGGUGAAAAAUGGGCAUGGGUGGAUCAAUUCAAGAUCCAACCCGGUCGACGUCCCACAGCCUCUACACUGCUGCACUGUGCGGGUGUCACCUUCUACAACCAUAUGUUUCUCGUGCUGCCAGCAUCAGUGGCCCAGUGGGUAUGGAGGCCUCCGCUAGACCUGCCGGACCAGGCUCCAUCCCUGCUGGAGCUGACUGCCGGGGUGAUAGGCAACCUUCUGCUCUUUGACUUCCAGUACUUCAUCUGGCACCUGUUACAUCACAAGAUCCGCUGGCUGUAUGUCACUUUCCACGCCAUCCACCAUAACUACUCCUCACCCUUUGCUCUAGCCACCCAGUGUCUCGGUGGGUGGGAGCUGGUCACUGUAGGCUUCUGGACCACUCUGAAUCCCGUGGUCCUGAGAUGCCACCUACUCACCACAUGGACCUUCAUGGUGGUGCACGUCUACGUUUCCAUCGAAGAUCACUGUGGCUAUGAUUUCCCCUGGUCCACAUCACGUCUGAUACCCUUUGGCAUCUAUGGAGGGCCCAGCAAACACGAUGUGCAUCAUCAGAAACCCAACACCAAUUUUGCACCACAUUUUAGCCACUGGGAUAAAAUAUUUGGAACACAUGCUGAUUUCAGCUUCUCUACUGCUGUGAAGAAGAAAGCUGCAACACUUUAGAGGCAGCUAUACAUUUAUUACCUUGUGUCUGUGUGUAUUUGUUUUACAUAUAUGGAUAUUUAAUAUGAAGGGAGGAAAGUUGAAGAGGUGGCUAACUUAUUCUUUACAAACAGUUGAUUAAUCGGAAAAAAAAAAAACAGAUCCAAAAUCAGUUAAAAAACAAGAGCUUCUUGUUACUUAGUGACCUGCUUGUAUCAUCAUUAAAAACAUGAACAUUGUGCACAAUCUAAAUAAUGCCUCAUUGUCUCUCUCUCCCAGUGGUUCUGGUUUCUUUACUGGGUAAUCCUGAGAUCAAGACAUG